GCGGGCUAACUAACAUCACCGUGUGGCCAGUGUACACACGAAGGGAUUCUUUUCUUUCCAUGUUCCACGUACCUAUUCGCGUGUUCUCAUCGUUCGACGAGUUUUUGUUGCAUCUCGAACGAGACGGUUGCGAUUGCAAUCUCUCCUUGAGAGAGCUGUAGGUUAUUGGUGGAAAGUAAACACUGGACCACUCGCGGUGUACGACACAAGAAAAGAAAAGAUAAAGAAGCGUUUUCUUUACAAAAGAUAGUUUGUAAUAGUGUAUCGACAGUUGAUUUUCUAUACUUUUACCAAAAGUCGUUAAGAAACUAUUGCAAACCAGUGAAUUUGUGCAUGUAUACGAUACGAGGUGAAACUUGGAGAUACGAGACGAGUUUCGGUGUGUUGACUUCUUGACGCGACAAUAAUUGUUGGAUGAUAGUUCGAUUUAAUGAUCGGUGUUAAAAUUAUUGGAAAAUAGUCUGAACAUGUCAGCCACGAUCUCGAAGAUAUCGGCAAGCAACGUGGGGAACGGGACGAAUGCAAUUUCUGACAAGGAUCGUGACGUAGAAAAGGGCGAGCUUCAUUCGGACGGCGUAGGCCUCUCGUCGUCGGUUUGUUCGCGGCCGACGUCUUCGUCGCGGACAUCGACGUCGGCCGAGAACAGGGUCGAGCUCGAGGAUAAACCAAGAGAUGGACCGAACGUCGCGAGCGUAGAGGUGGAAGUGGUAGUCGCCUCGAACAAUGAACCGAUGAUAGGAGCGGGGACGGAGGCGACGACAACGACAACGGCGAAGACGAGGACGCGAACGGGAACAGAAACGGAAACGGGCGAACCGAGCCGGUGGAAAGCAGUCGGCCGCCUGCUUCGCCGCUUGGCGCUCAUCAUGAUGCUGUUGGCGAGCUUGGUCGCCUGUUUGGCGCUGAUCGCCAUGUACGCGGGCCCCAUUUUCCUCGUGCAGCUGCUUGUGGUUGUUCUCGUCGCCUAUCUAGUCUCCGGCGGACGUUUCAGAUGGUUUUACGUAGCCUUCAAAACUUUGCCCAGGGACGUGAUAGCCAUCACAGGGUAUUUGAAAAUUCUUUGGACAAUUUGUUGUCACUCGAAAAAGGAUCGUAGCGUCGCUGAUGUAUUUCGACAGCAUGUCGCCAGGCAUCCCAACAAAGUUUGUUUUAUUUACGAAGAUGAAGAAUGGACGUUUCAACAGGUGGAGGAUUAUAGUAACAAAGUUGCAACGAUGUUCAAAACCUAUGGAUAUCGUAAAGGAGACGUGGUCGCCGUGCUUUUGGAAAAUCGAGUGGAGUUCAUUGCAAUUUGGCUUGGUCUGAGUAAGCUGGGAAUUAUAACGCCCCUCAUUAACACAAAUCUUCGGAAAGCUGCACUCCUGCACAGUAUCAAUGUGUCUAAAUGUCAAGCCCUCAUUUACGGAUCAGACUUCACUGACGCUGUGACAGAUAUCGUGGACUCGUUGGAUCCAAAAUUCACAUUGUAUAGAUUUGGCAAUUUACCAAGUUCCAAAACAUCAAAACUAAACGAGAAAGAUUUAAACGCCAUUUUGGCUGACAUUUCUCCCGCUCCACCGGUUCUUCAAGAAAAAGGCUGUCACCAUGAUAAAUUAUUGUACAUUUUCACCAGCGGCACAACUGGUCUUCCUAAAGCAGCAGUUAUAACUAACUCUAGGUAUAUGUUUAUAGCGACUGGUAUUUUUAUGAUGGCGCAAUUCAAAAGUACAGAUAGGUUUUAUACACCAUUGCCAUUGUAUCAUACUGCAGCUGGCGCAAUGACCACAGGUGCAACUCUUCUUCAUGGAGCGACUACAGUAAUUAGGAAGAAGUUUUCAGCGAGCUCCUACUUCACUGACUGCAUCAAAUAUAAUUGUACAGUUGGCCAAUAUAUUGGAGAAAUGUGUAGGUACAUCUUAGCUGUACCUCCAAAACCAGAAGACAAGAAACAUAAUAUUAGACUGAUGUUUGGAAAUGGCUUGAGGCCGCAGAUAUGGCCUGAAUUUGUAGAACGAUUUAAUAUUCCACGAGUUGCUGAGUUUUAUGGAGCAACGGAAGGAAAUGCUAACAUUGUAAAUACUGAUAACACUGUUGGAGCUAUUGGCUUUAUGUCUCGAAUCAUUCCAUCGGUUUAUCCUAUUUCUAUUUUGAAAGCAAACGCUGAUGGAGAACCUAUUAGAAAUGCAAAAGGUUUAUGUCAAGUGUGUGAACCGAACGAACCAGGUGUAUUCGUUGGAAAAAUUAUACCCAGCAAUCCAUCUAGAGCAUUUUUAGGAUAUGUAGACGAGAAAGCAUCCGAAAAGAAAAUAGUUCGUGAUGUAUUUACAAAAGGCGAUUCAGCAUUUAUAUCCGGUGACAUUCUAAUCGCAGAUGAGUUUGGUUAUUUAUAUUUUAAAGAUAGAACAGGCGACACAUUUAGAUGGAAGGGAGAAAAUGUUUCUACAUCUGAAGUCGAAGCUAUUAUUAGUAAUGUUGUUAGCUAUAGAGACUGCAUUGUAUAUGGAGUUGAGGUCCCGGGUGUCGAAGGUAAAGCUGGAAUGGCAGCAAUAUAUGAUGCGAAUGCUACGUUAGAAAUUAAUAAAUUGUCAGUUGACCUGAAAGAACACCUAGCAUUUUAUGCAAUACCUAGAUUUAUUAGGGUUUUAACCAAAAUUGAUCUCACAGGUACAUUCAAAUUAAAGAAGAAGGAUCUCGUAGAAGAAGGAUAUGAUCCUAAAAGGAUACAAGACAAGUUGUAUUAUUUGAGUGAAAAAUUGGGAUACCAGUUAUUAACCCCUGAAAUUUAUGAUCAAAUUCAACAAAGAAACAUUCGAUUUUAAGUUACGUUUUUACGAAAGAAAAUCCAUGGGAACAAUUUUUGUUUUAACAGUUUUACAAGUGCAUCGUCAAGGUGAGGAAAGGCUUUUCAUCUUCACUAUAUUAAAUCAAACGGCUUAUUUUAUGCUGACGUAUUUUUUCAAGAAUAAUUAAAUUAUUAUGAUUCUCGCUUCAUUGUCUUUCUAAUAUAAUCUUUUAUGAGCUUAUAUUUCGGAAAUAGAAUCUUAAUAACGUAUAAAAUGCGUUGUAUCAAAAAUAGAAGAAAAGAUCUCCGACUUAAAAAUGAGGUGAAUUUCAUAUUUUCACAAUUAGAAUUGUUAAUGUUCGUUAUUAUUAAUUCUACAUCUUGCAUAAAUUUUGCAAUCAUUUCAUUUUGAAAUUACAUCACAUUUUGUAAUAGAAAUUAUAUAAGAAAUAAUUAAUUUAUAUUUAUAAAAAUCGAAGUUAAAUAUUUUGAAAAAAAAGAAAAAUGUGUAUUCUAGAAAAGAAGAUGCACAGAAUGUACAUACUGUAUGUACCUUGGGAAUCUUCAAUUCCGUAUAAACUACUAUAUAUUGAAUUAUACAUAGCACAAAAACGUAAAUAAAAUAUGUAUUUUGUAACAUAAACUGGGUAUAACUAUUAAUUUGAAAUCUAGCCACUGUUAUACGCGUUGUACUGUUGUAUCUAUAUUUUACUAUAUGUUGUUGUUCGUGUACCAUCUUUGUUAUGAAGUAUAUACAAAUAUGUACGUUAUUGUUAAUAGUGUUACUACACAGGAUAUUUAACAUUUUCGUUAAGAAACUUCCAUGAUUAAAAUUGGAUAAAAAUAUAUAUUUAUAAUAACGAAUAUAGACGUUAUGAUUCAAUGAAACAUUCCAUUAUUAUUUUUAUGAAAUAUUUCAUCAUAACACAUUACCAUCUAAUGAUAUCAUCUACUUUGGUUAUUAAAUAUUCGACAUAUCGUAGUUUACUCGCUUUAAUUAGUGCCAAACGAUUUUAGUUAAUAUGAAUAGUGUGGCGUCGCUUCUCAUGCUCGCCACCAGAGGUGUCGCGCUCUCAUAAGUGCUCGACUGGCCACUCGGUUGCUAUAUAUACAACUCUACUGACCUUUCAAUGUUCCAGUCGUCUAAGGCAGGGCCUGCUAGAAAGCAUUACUGAUGAGUCCACUAGUGCCCCCUCUUUUCCUUUUCUACUCUCCUACGAUAGUUCGAGUUCCUACCGCAGCGAAGCAGCGCCACAG